UGCAAGCUGCUGGGGUUGCUGUGACGAUGAUAUCCUCCCCCCUCCCUCCCACCCACACACACACACAGGAGUGGAGAGGGAGCAAACAAGACGCUAUCAUGACGCGGUGGCUUCAGGCUGGAAAACAGACACACUCACACUGAUCGCCUGCGUCUGAGGAAAACAUGGUCCAUCAUCAGUUUGAACCCUCUGUGAAUUAAAGGAACACCAAGGUCCGUUGCUUCUCCUCAAAUCCGCAAGGAUUGGAUUGGACCGCCACUCACAUGCUACAAUUAUUCUUUGUUUUUGAGAGAUUUAAAUAUAUAACAAGGCAACUGAUGGAAGCUGAGGAUUUUAAAUGGACAAUUUGUGGAUUUCCAGAUGACUGGAAGCCCUUUUUUCCCCCCGCUUCAAACCAAUAAGAAUGUAAUGAAGUCACGUUGCAGUCGGCAUGUCUGCAGUGGAUAGAUCGACAGAGUAAAACAUCAAGAAAAGUGGAUGAUUGGUCACUGAAAACACAGAAACACAACAACAUGUACAUGUGAAUUUCCUGCAGACUUGUUUUGAAGCUGUUGGAGAAGCUGUGGAUAGUUUUAAUCCCUCAGAUUUGACUGCAGGCUCCAGGGAGGGGCGCUAACCAACGGCUGACGUUUACUUGAAUGUCCGUCUUGAGCUACACCAUGGAAUAAAUUGUGAGACAUAACAGCAGCAUAACAUAAAGAGACGAUAGACAUACUUUUAUUCGAACGUCCGGCCCCUCUCCGCCUGGCCAAAGCUUGGAAUACGGGGUGUGAUCGGAGGUUCAUCCCCACCAGGCUGCCCCCCCGCAGAUGGAGGCCCAUCAACACUCCCCAGAUAGCAGCAGUGAGGAGUGCACCGUCCUGGAGGCUCCACCUGGAAAAAACGCCUGCCCACAACACGCAGGAAAUGUGGCUGACCUCUACUGUUCAGCCUGCGAGUGUGCGCUGUGUGACGACUGUGUGUCGGACCAUGAUAAGCACCCCAAGGUGGCACUCAGCCAGGCCCUGGAGCUGCAUCGCAGCAGCCUGCAGGAGAGGCUGGGGAUCAUCCAGAACAGGCUCCCUCAGAUUUUAGAUGCCCUGUCCUUCAUUAAGGAGAUACUCCAGCAGCUGACCAAUCAGAGGGCUUCCAUCGAAGAGGACAUUCAGUCGAGCUUCGAGGAUCUGCACAAGCAGCUGGAUGUCCGGAAGAGUGUUCUGCUCAUGGAGCUGGAGGUCACGUAUGGCCUCAAACAGAAGGUCCUCCAGGCCCAAGUCGACAGCCUUGUUCGGGGAGAGGGGGACAUCACCGCUAUUUGUACGCAGAUGGAGGAGGCUCUACCCAGGGAGGCAAGUGUGGCGAUCCUGCAGGAGGAGCAGGAGCUGGGGGAGAGGUUGGCGGGGCUGGCCGGUCUCGGCCUGCCAAGUCAGCCACAGGAGAACGACCAACUGGAUUUGGUGUUGGAGACGGACGGGCUGAGGAAGUCCAUCCACAACCUGGGGACCAUCGUCACGACCAGUGCGGUGGCAAGCCAGAGUGAAGCCAUGGGCACUGGCCUGGAGCAGUGCAUUGUGGGAAAUCCUGCUUCAGUCACCAUAGUGACAAGAGACAAAUCAGGGGGUGCCUGCAAGAGCGGCAAUGCAAUCAUAUCAGCUGAGGUAUUCACCCCAGAUGGCAGCAUUGUGGAUGGCGAAAUUGUGGACCACAAGAACGGCACUUAUGAGUUUUUGUACAUUGUACCGAAGGAAGGCAACUUCUCAUUGGCUCUCCGUCUGUACGACCAGCACAUCAAGGGAAGUCCCUUCAAACUGACCGUCACCAGGGCGUUGGAGGCAGAAGCAGAGUCUCUGGCUCUCCAGGUGUCGCCCUCCACCACCACAGCAACCAACUCAGCAGCCAACGCCACCCCGUCCACAGGGUCCUCUGAUGGGGCAAAGAGACGAGGGAAAUCCCCUGGGCAGAAGAAGAAGGGCUCCAAAAGGGCCAGCAGUGCCCUGGGCACCCCACGACGUAAAACUCAGAACCCAAUUGAGGAUGACCUCAUCUUUAGGAUCGGGACAAAGGGGAGGAACAAAGGGGAAUUCACCAACCUGCAAGGAGUUGCUGCGUCGUCCAACGGCAGGAUACUGAUAGCCGACAGCAACAAUCAGUGUGUCCAGAUUUUCUCCAACGAAGGGGAAUUCAAGAGUCGUUUUGGGGUGCGGGGACGGUCGCCAGGGCAACUCCAGCGCCCCACAGGUGUGGCAGUGCACCCUACAGGUGACAUCAUCAUCGCAGACUACGACAACAAGUGGGUCAGCAUCUUCUCCGGCGAGGGCAAGUUCAAGGCGAAGCUUGGCUCUGGCAGACUUAUGGGGCCAAAGGGCGUGUCUGUGGACCACAACGGUCAUGUGAUUGUGGUUGACAACAAGGCGUGUACUGUCUUCAUUUUCCAGCUGACCGGCAAACUCAUCAGCAAGUUUGGUAGUCGGGGUAACGGUGACAAGCAGUUUGCAGGUCCACACUUUGCUGCAGUGAACAAGAACAAUGAGAUCAUCGUGACUGACUUCCAUAACCACUCUGUCAAGGUAUUCACUCCUGACGGAGAUCUGGUGUUGAAGUUUGGCUCAAACGGUGAAGGAAACGGCCAGUUCAAUGCUCCCACUGGCGUAGCUGUGGAUGUAAAUGGGAACAUCAUCGUGGCGGACUGGGGCAACAGCAGAAUACAGGUGUUUGACGGCAGUGGUUCCUUCCUCUCCUACAUCAACACAUCGGCGGACCCUCUGUAUGGACCCCAAGGUCUGGCUCUGACCUCCGACGGACAUGUGGUGGUGGCCGACUCCGGCAACCACUGCUUCAAAGUCUACCGCUACCUACAAUGAUGGAGGCUUCGACGGGGAAGUGAAGCGGAGGCUGGAGAUGGUCGAUGACAUGACAGACUCUUGGAAUCAUUGCAUGAACCUCUUUUGCUGACUAACGAUGGACGAAGGGAUGGGUAGACACGAGGAAGAAACAAUGAAGAAAAGGAUUACCUGAGCCAUGAUGACAUCAAAAGACAACAACUGAAAUAAAAGCUGGUCUUUGAUGAUGAAGUAAAGAUCAUAAGAAAAAAAGAGAAUGGAUUACAGGAUAUUGAGGCACAAACACUGGUCUUUAAACUACGUCCUUUUGAAAGUCUAAACAGUGUUGAGUUGCAGAUAAAGCUUAAGAUAAAAAAGUUUCUGCUUUCAUGCAAAUUCGAGACACAUUGCAGAAUUGGAUGCAGGAGGGUCACAAGGCAUAAGUGAUGCAAAGACAGAUCGAUGAUGUCACAUUGUAACAGUCCUUUCUCCUAGGUUGGCAUGAGUAGAGCAACGGAGGACUGAAUGAAACAAGGCUUUAAAGGAGGAAUUUUAGAAACAUCUUUGGAAACUCCAAUCACGAUUUGAUCGCAGAGGCAUCAAAGGCAAAAAUGAUUAACGGAAGACAAAGUUUUCUAUUUUUCUGCCUUCUCGUAUUGUAUGUAUCAGGUAAAAUAAUGGCCAGUGAGCUAAAAGACGUCUAUGUCUUGGUUUGAAAUUCAGUCAUCUGUUACUCACUAAAAUAGAUUUCCUUUGUACACCAACAACUCUAACAUUCGGAGGCUAAUUUGACCAAAUACCAACUCAUAGAGCUUGUCAGGCUGCACUCGAGCAAAGUACUUAUUUCAUUUUGAACUGGGGACUAUAGUUGCUCUGGGAAAAGUCCCAGAGCAAACAUAUAAAUAUGAAGCAGGCAGAUCAUGGAAUGGAGAUAUUUUGUGUUGAGAACUUUUCACUCUGGGAUCAAAAUUCUGAGCAGACUAAGACAUGUGCAACUUUAAGCCUGUUGUCCAUUAGGAUUGUCUGAAUAUGGAAUGUUUUUUUGCUAUAUGCUAAUAUUCUUUACUUGGGCUAUAGAUUCAUCAUUAGAAAUGAUUGCUUGACUCUGAUUCUGAUUGUCUGAAUGACUGAGUAGUUGGGUUGAUUGAUUAAGCACCAUUGUCUAUCUAUGCUUGGUUUGAGUGUUGCUAUAUUUUCCCUCAGAAAUCUGUCACAGGGAGAGGAAAAAAGUCUAUAAAUCUAUCUUAUAUAUUUGUGAGAAUACCUUUAAUAUCAUGUGAAAUGUUCAAAAGAAUUCUGGAAUGUUUCCAUUCACUCCACAAUUGCCAAGAAUUCUAGAAUGCGUUAAGAAUUGCGAGAAGUGCUGUCGCCUGCUAGAACAAUUCCAUGUCGUCUGUCAUCUGCCGUACAAGAGUCCCUCGGUUUUCUAGAAGCAUGCCUCUGUAAUGUUUGGUUGUUAAUAUCAAAACAUACCUGGUUUCGAUUGUAAGUUCCCAUUUUACAAACAGUUGUUCACCCACACCUAAGGGUCAAAACAUACCUGGUUUCGAUUGUAAGUUCCCAUUUUACAAACAGUUGUUCACCCACACCUAAGCAGAAAUACAGUAAUUUUAAGUACGAUAAAAGACGAUUGCAAAGCAUUUACAUGACAGAAAUGAUCAUGACAUUAACAAAGGAUUUACAUUGAUUAUUCAAUAGAUAAGAAAAGCAUUUAAGUCAUUUAUAUCAACCCAACAUUAGACAGUUUAACCGGCACCACAGAAAAAAAUCUUUGUCUUACUAAAUAAGAGUGGUGGUAGUCGAACACCUUGUGGUCAGUUGUUUACAGUUUGCUGUCUAUCAGUCUAUAUUGAAGCAAGAUUUAAAAAAUACUCAACAUGACACUAUGUUCACAGAAGAUCAAAGGUUUUUAGUAGUUAUUACUUUUAUUUAUUUAUUUAUGUUCUAAUUAGGUAUUUUUAAUCUUUUAUCUCACCAUUUGAUUGUGUUUCACCAUGUGCUUUGGAACUUAUAAGUGCCCAUUAUAUUUCUUCCUUUUCUACAUUCCAUCUGUUAUGUUUAAUCAUAUAUGAUUGUUGGCAUUUGCUAUGUUUUUUUUUAAUUGACUGUCAUGAGCGGACAAAGUGUUAACAUUUUUAUUCUUGAAUAUUUUGACAAAUGAACAUUAUCAUUCUUUGGGUGGAAAGUACUCAAUCUAGCCAAUUAGUAAAAAGAGCAUCUCAGUGUUGCGUUUCUGAUCAAAACCACUGACACUUAUUGCAAACCUAAUAAGUGUAACGGUAGCUUUAAAUACAGUAAAGUACAGUCCAGUACAAUAACAAACCUUAUAAACAUGGAGCUGGUGCGGUAAGAAAGUGAGCAACUAGCUACAAGCUAGCACAAUGCUAAAUGCAUAGUCGUCACAGCUAGCUACAACAAAAUAGAUUAAAAACUGUGAAAAAAAAGUCAAAUAAAAACAUUACAUUGACAUUUACGUUCCAAAAUAAUUGAUAUUGUUUUCCCUAAUUGUUCAGAUUAUCGAAAAGUCUUUUGAAAUUACAUUUUAUGAGUUUGUUUAAGCGCCAAAAACCUCUGAUUUUGCUCAACAACUUUUCAAUUUUUUGGGUUUCUAAUUCAGACCUUUUUUAAAGGUAAUCUGGGGCUUGUUUGCUGAAUAAUCAGCCUUAAUGUCAGUAACACAUGAAUGUUGUUUCAAAGUUGAUAAGAUGGAAUUGCCUUCGCAGAGAUCUUGGAAUGUAUUGCAAAAAAAACCUAAAAAAAUAUUGCAAACAAACAAAAGUAGCUCAUUUGCAGAGUACUCGUCCAUUUGAGGCAACUUCUGUUGUAUUUUCACCAAUAGAAAAAUGUUUAAGACAAAGAAACGAGAUAAUCAACACAACAGAAUAUGCUAUACAUUAAAAGUGCUUAUUUGUGGCUUGGGUGUGUCAUUGUCAGAUUGCACCAUGACAUUUUGCCUCAAAUGGAUUAGUAGUAUUUUGGAAUUCAGCUCUUAAAGCACCGAUCAGUUACUAACAGACUCCCUUUGCCUGCUCCUUCUCUCUCUCUGUAUUUACUAUCUGUGUAUCAUGUCUAUUCACUGUUAUGGACUAUCUCGUCAAUAUUCACACACACACUCAAAAUUGAAAUAAAGCAUUGAUUCCUAAAUGGCA